AUGGCGAAUGUGCGUGACAGUGAUACCUCUUUGUGGCUUCACAAUAAACUCGGAAUUUCGAAUGAUUCAUGGACAGGAGGCUCAAUAUGUUCACAACUAAAUGCAGAAGUGUUAAGAAAUAUAAAGGACUGUUUUCCAGAUCUGCAGACCCAAGUGAAACUGAAAUUAUUAUUAAGUUUUUUUCAUAUCCCGCGCAGAAACCUGGAAGAGUGGAAAACAGAACUGGAACAGAUAUUGGAUGUAGCUUUGGCUGAUUCUGAACUUUGGGUAGCUAUGCUGGCAGAUGCUCUCAAAACUUAUCCCUCGACAGGAUCUCUAAACACAGAUAUUUCAGACGUUGAUGAAGUACGGCCUAUUUUUACUGAUUUAGUCACCGAUCUGAGGAAACUAGUACGGAAACAAAAUGAACACACGAUGCUUCCUAUGGAAUGUCAUUAUUUGAAUAAGGCAGCUCUAGUUUCAGUAGUGGGUCACAGACCAGAACCCUUGAAGCAUUUCACAAUUAAGAAGAAACCCAAAUCUGCACUGUUGCGUGCAGAUUUGUUACAAAAGUCUUCAGAUGCUGCUUCCAAUCUUAACAAAAAAUCAUGUGCUCCAGUUAUACCUGUCCGAUCUAGGGGUAUGCCCCGUAAAAUGACGGAUACCACUCCACUAAAAGGCAUACCAAGCAGGGUGCCAACGUCAGGAUUCCGUUCAAGUGUAUUAAAUAGUAACCUGAGCAACAGACCUCCACUGACUAGACCCCCCGCCGGAAGGAAAGAAGGCGGAGUUAAAUUGUUGGACAUCGCAGAUCAACCUCUGGGUUACGCUGCAGCUAAAAAGAGGAAAAGAAUGCAAGAAAUUGAAGAUGCGAAGAAAGCCACAGAAAACGCAGCGCUGCAGAGUCCCCCUCCUGCUUCUGGAUCUACACCUGAUUAUGCUGCAGGAUUGAGCGCGACGCCAGCUUAUGCGCCUGCCACUCCACAACCGACUGUUGCUCCAACUCCAGCUCCUGCUACAGCAGUGCUCACUUCACCCCAGCCCACACCGCAACCGGCAGUGACCACCCAACAGCCCCAACAAGUCUCGCCCCCGACCCCCGCACCUCCCGCUACUCCACAACCCACUCCACAGUUCACCGCCACACCUACGAUGCGGCCCGUGCCACCCUUACUUGCUACAACUCCAACUGGGCAAAGGACGAUCAUCACCACGGAUCAACCGCCCGUGCAACAGCAGGCGCAAACUCAAGUGGUCGGGACCCCAGUGGUGGUCACUCAAAGGCCCAUGCAGCAGCAGACCGUCACGCAUAUUAGGAUACAACCCCAGUCGUCUUCCAAUGUGUUGCAGAAGAGGGGAUUGGCCCUUACGCGAGAACAAAUGUUGGAGGCCCAGGACAUGUUCCGAACGGCGAACAAAGUCACACGGCCAGAGAAAGCUCUCAUAUUGGGAUUCAUGGCUGGUUCUCGGGACAAUCCCUGCCCCCACCUGGGUAAUAUUGUGACAAUAAAACUGUCCGAAGACCAAGAGAACGUACUGCAACCCGACGAGACUUACUUGACUAUGAUGGUAGAGACGCACUUCCAGAUGAACUACAACAAUGGCGAGUGGAAAAGGAUCAAGAAGUACAGACAUAUCGAGAAUAUGGUCGACCAGAUCACUUCCAGUACACCUACGGCGGCGCUCGUUUGACGAAAUGUCGUUCGGUAGUAGGUGUAAGCGAAAAGGAUCUUCCGGUUUGAAGCUGAACGUGUCGUCCAGGAAAAAUGCAAAGUGGGAGAAGCGUUUUUGUGCUAUGUUGGAGGUAUAUAUUUUGAAAAAAAGUUUUGUUGAUUAUUUUAUUUAUGCAAUUUAGGGUUUUGGAAAGUGCAAUUUGAAGCUAGCUUUAUAAAUAUUUUGUGAAAAUUUAAGUGUUUAUAACUUUUGAAAGAGUAGUUUUGGGUUAUGGUUCUUGUUUCUUUUGUGGGGUUCUACUUUAUACAGUAUUUGCAUUUGAACUGGAUGACUUGACGUUUUUAGUUUAACGAAUUUCCCGUUUCAUUUUGCGUAGUUUUGGUAGGUAAGACAGAACCACGUUUAGUUUGACAAUGAGAUUAUUUUAGGUUUAAAGUAAUCUUUGCGAAUAAUGUAGGAAUAACUUUUUUGUAUCAAAAAAUGUAAUUUUAUUUUGUACGUGAACAAACUGACUGAGGGGCCGAUGUUAAUAUUGGAGAGUGUAGAUAUUAAGAUCAAGUUUAAAUAAUUUCAGUAUCGCUUAAAAUGAUUGUGGUGGUUAGGCAAAUUAGAUUUAUAUAUUAUACUACGUUAGAAUUGAUAAGAUUAACAAUUUACGAUAA